CGAUCCCAAUUUAAACGUCACUCAGGUUAGUGCUUCAACAAAUUGUGUCCUCACGUUGGAUUCGUUUCUCACACAAAUUGCACCUGAAAUUUUUUAAUAAAUUAUUUGUUCGUCGGUAAAUCGUAGAAAUUACACCAAUUAUUCAAGUUUCACGAUGGCACCAAAAGCAGUUGUUAUGAAAAAACCGCAAGGACAGGCGUACAAAGACAAAAGUAAACCGGCCGAUGUACGGGCUAGUAAUAUCAAUGCCGCUAAAGCUGUGUCCGAUGCAAUCCGAACCAGUUUGGGGCCGAGAGGAAUGGACAAAAUGAUUCAAGCCGGUAACGGUGAAGUAACGAUCACAAACGACGGAGCCACCAUUCUCAAGCAAAUGAAUGUCCUUCAUCCGGCUGCAAAAAUGUUGGUUGAAUUAUCGCGUGCACAAGACGUUGAAGCUGGUGACGGUACAACAUCCGUCGUAGUAACUGCCGGUGCACUUUUGGAGGCCGCCGAACGUUUGUUACAUAUUGGCAUCCAUCCGACAGCCAUCUCAGAUGCAUUCCAACGCUGUUCUACCAAAGCUGUCCAAAUUCUAACGGAAAUGUCGCGACCGAUUGAACUGACCGAUCGAGAUAUUUUGAUUAAGUCGGCGUCGACAUCGUUGAAUUCCAAAGUUGUAUCGCAGCAGAGCAGUACACUGGCACCAUUGGCUGUCGAUGCAGUUUUGAAGGUCACUGAAGCUGGCCAGGAAAAUCGUGUCGAUUUGAAAAACAUCAAAGUUAUCCGUAGCUUGGGUGGCACCAUUGAAGAUACGGAAUUGGUCGAUGGAUUGGUGUUCACACAACGAUCGGCUGGUACCAACGGACCGAAACGUUUGGAAAAGGCAAAGAUUGGCUUGAUUCAGUUCUGCAUUUCACCACCAAAAACCGAUAUGGACCACAAUGUCGUUGUUUCGGAUUACGCUGCUAUGGAUCGAGUACUUAAGGAGGAACGUGCCUACAUUCUCAAUAUCGUCAAACAGAUUAAGAAGGCCGGAUGUAAUGUUCUGUUGGUUCAAAAGUCAAUCCUACGCGAUGCAGUCUCUGAUCUUGCUCUUCACUUUUUGGAUAAAAUCAAAGUCAUGGUCAUCAAGGACAUCGAACGUGAAGACAUCGAAUUUGUUUGCAAAACAUUGAGCUGUCGUCCAAUUGCUUCAUUGGAUCACUUCGUUGCCGAAAGUUUGGUAAACGCCGAUCUGGUCGAAGAAGUUGCCAGUGGCUCCAACAAAUUCGUUAAGGUCACCGGCAUCCAGAACCAAGGUCGAACCGUUUCGAUUGUUGUUCGUGGAUCGAACAAAUUGGUUUUGGAGGAAGCCGACCGUUCCAUUCACGAUGCAUUGUGUGUCAUUCGGUGUUUGGUGAAGAAUCGUGCUUUGAUCGCUGGCGGUGGUGCACCAGAAAUUGAGAUGGCCUUACAAUUGGCUGCCCAUUCGAAUACUGUGGAUGGCGUUGAUGCUUAUUGCUUCCGGGCUUAUGCGGAAGCAAUGGAAGUGAUUCCAUCAACGCUAGCGGAAAAUGCUGGUCUGAAUCCCAUUGCAACGGUGACUGAAUUGAGAAAUCGUCAUGCACAAGGAGAGAAAAACGCUGGCAUCAAUGUGCGAAAGGGAGCAAUCACAGACAUUUUGGCCGAAAAUGUAGUUCAGCCGUUGCUAGUUUCUACAGCUGCCAUUACAUUGGCUACUGAAACCGUACGAUCCAUUUUAAAGAUUGACGAUAUUGUCAACACUAUAACAUAAACUCAACCGUGCAGUAUUGGUGGAUUCGAUACCAGUUUCUAGUUGUCUCUAACCACAUAAUGUCACAAUCAUCUCUUGAUUUUAGUUAAGCAUCUAAACCACACCACUCUUUUCAUGAAUCGUUGCGUUUUUUAACAACCAUUUUACUAACUCGCAGUUUUCUAUUAUGGAGGACGGGAGCUCGAUUUUGCUUACUUAUAAUCCAGGAGCUGCCACUCUUUGAAAACAAUAAAAAAUUUUGGCAAAAAAUUGAAA